AUGAAAUUAUUUAUUUUGUUAAGUGCAUUCGUAGUAGCUGUUACAGCUAGACCAGGACCUUACGCUCCUAAGCCUCAGCACUAUGGGCCUGAACAUCACUUACCACCUCCCCCAUUACCAUUUGGAUUUGGUGGCGGACCAGGAUUUGGUGGUGGAUUAGGAUUUGGUGGAGGACCAGGUUUUGGUGGUGGGCCAGGAUUUGAUAGCGGGGAAGAGUUUGGUGGUGGACCAGAAUUUGGUGAAGGACCAGGAUUUGAACAUGGUCCAGAACAUCAUCAUUUACCACAUCAUGAGCAACACCUUGAGCCACAUUUUGAGCCACAUCAUGAGCCCCAUUUCGAGCCACACCAUGGACCACAUCAUGAGCCUCACUUUGACCCACAUCAUGAGCCACAUGUUCCACCUCAUUCACCACAACACAUUCCCUACCACGUUGGUGGAGGACUUGGUGGAAUCCCAACAGGAUCAGGGAUUGGAGGUUCCAAAGUUGGUGGAAUUAAUUCUAAUACUGCCACAUCUUCAGCACAAUCUCAAAAUUCUGUUCAACCCGAUUUCGGAUUAUUAGUUGGAGGCAGUGGUGCCAGCAGCGGCGGAGCGAUUGCAUCAGGACAGACACAGGGUGGACAAGGAAUCGGUGGUAUAGGUGGAGGUUCAAGCAUUGCUUCAACUUCUUCUCAGACACAGAACCUAAACCAAGGUGGAUUUGGAGGAUUAGGUGGUGUUGGAGGUUCUUCAUCGACAGCACAAACUCAAAGCCUUAGUCAAGGUGGUCUUGGAGGAUUAGGUGGUAUUGGCGGUGGUUCCAGUAUUGCCUCAGGACAAUCACAAAGUUCAAAUCAAGGUGGACUUGGAGGAUUUAAUGGUGGUUUUGGAGGUUCUUCAGCAACAGCUCAAACCCAAAGCCUCAGCCAAGGUGGACUUGGUGGCCUUGGAGGUUCUUCAGCAACAGCUCAAACACAAAGCCUCAGCCAAGGAGGCCUUGGUGGUUUUGGUGGUCUUGGGGGUUCUUCAGGAACAGCUCAGACUCAAAGCCUCAGCCAAGGUGGAAUUGGUGGUUUUGGUGGUCUUGGAGGUUCUUCAGGAACAGCUCAGACUCAAAGUCUUAGCCAGGGUGGACUUGGUAGUUUUGGUGGUCUUGGAGGUUCUUCACAAACACAAAACCUAGGUCAAGGUGGAUUAGGAGGAGGAAGUUCCAUCGAUACUAGCAGCGCAGCUGCUCAAGCUCAAAGUGCCAUUCAAGAUAUUUUCGGUGGUGGAUUAGGUGGAAGUGGGUCAUCUGCCACAGCUCAAUCACAAAAUCUCAGCCAAGGUGGAUUUGGUGGAUUAGGAAGUAGUUCAUCUUCAAGUGCAAUUGCAACUUCACAAAGUUCUUCAUUCGGAAGAUAA